CGCCUACAGAAGCGCCGCUGUAAGAAAAUAUAUAGAUAGGAUAUAUUUUCCUUCCACCUUAACUGAAAUUGUGUCACAGCUUCGACUUUGACUUCGCCGAUUGUCCUUUAACUUCCCCGGUCUCGUUGUCAUUAAGACCCAAUCUCAUAAAUGCUUGUUUUUAGUUCCACUGCAAGUAAGAGAUAAUCUCUCGGUGCAGCAAGUUGCUGGCGAACCGCUAAGGGUUUCGGCUUGCAUAGCCGCCCACGCCCUUGACAAUGAUCAUCUGAAGUAUAAUAUAAUUGUACACCAAUUGAUCCAGUUAAAGGCGGACUCGCUUGCGCUUGGGACCUUGCUUUGGCGUGGACCUACAAGCAGCCGGAGAGAUGGGUGCCACCGUGAAGGCCCAAACACGAGCUCUGCUCGCCAAGAGUGCUGUGUACCAGCGGCGUAACACAGCCACCAAUCUAUGCUUAAUAAUCGCACCGGUCUUCUUCUGCGUAUUGCUGGCAGGCCUGCAGGCCCUCGCCAACCACCUCAUUCUGCGCCAACCGAACAACCAGUGCGGCUGCCGCUGCCUCAGCUGCUGCGUGCCCAAGCGGGUGGAGCUGCCAUACACGGCGGAGGAGCAGGCGCGGGUGGACGCGGGGGAGCAGGUCCCCCGGCGCUACACCCGCACCGAGCAGUGCGCCCCGCUGUCCGCCGGCUGGUGUGAGCGCCUCGCCAGAAACGCCACAUGCCGGCAGUACGACAAGACCACCUGCAGCCUGCGGUACAGCAGCCCCUCGCAGUCCGUGUACUGCCCCAUAACCACCCCCAGCAGCUGGCCGCCCGUCAUGCAGACCCCCCGGUUGGCGGUACGGGCGGGCGGUACGACAGCGCAGUGGCUGCCGUACACCGGGAGCGAUAUGGAUGCGGCUCGGCGGAUGGCGGGCAACAUGUUUGACUCUCCGGAGUUGCCCAACCUGCAGGCGGUGAUGGAUGUGCUGCGCAUGAGCCCGCUUGCGCUGCUGAACCUGCGUCCCUCGGCACUGGUGCAGCUGGUGUUGCCGCUGCUUGGGCCGGGGGGCCUGGUGAGCGCGGACGGGCUGGCGGUGGGCGCGGCGCAGCUGAGCAGGCUGGAGCUGAACUUCGGGUCCAGCCUCAAGUCCAACAACGACUACUAUUUGGAGAACGCGUUCGUCAACUCCAACAACGCCGCAUCCCGACUGCAGUUCCUGCUGCCGGAGGGUGGCUGCGAGGCCUCGGGACUGAGUGCGGACCUGGCCCCCUUCACCUCCGACGGCGGCGGUGUGCCCCUCCCCGAGCUGCUCCUCCGCUACUACAACGCCACCCACCCCGCCCUCAUGCGCCCGCUGCUGAGACUGCUCAACAUCACAUCAGCGGAGAAGCUGAUGUCGGGUCUGAGUGACACCCCGGUUGGCAACAUCUCCACCUCCUGUGUGGAUCUGGUGGCCAGGGAGGCCAACAGUACGGCAGUGCUCAACAAGCGGCUGUACUGCGGUUUCGGAGCGGCCCGGUGUGACGGCACCUACUUCACUCGGGAGUACGGGGGGGCCUGGGACUUCAAGCAGCUGGGGCCCACCACGCUGGCGUACGACACGUACUACAAUCUGUCCCUGCCGCUGCCGGACAGCCCCGUGACGUACCGCCUGCCGCAGCUGCUCAACAUGGCCACUCGGGGCUGGACGCGCAGCUACUGGGGCAACCUGCCCAUCACCCGCAGCGUCCGCAACCGGCUGAUGGGUGUGCAGUCCUUUCCCAAGUUGCCCACCGUCAUCAAACUGGACUUCAGCGUGCUGCUGGGGCCGCUGUUCUACACGUGGGUGAUCCAGAUGCUCAUGCCCUCGCUGCUGCAGCAGCUGGUGUACGAGAAGGAGAAGCGGCUGCGUAUGAUGAUGAAGAUGCACGGACUGGGGGACGGGGCGUACUGGCUGGUCACCUACCUGUGGUACCUGAUGCUAUACAUCUUAUACAUGGCGUUCUUCAUCUUCUUUGGAUCCGUCAUUCGACUCAAGAUCUUCACGACAAAUUCGUACAGCCUGCAGGCCGUCACCUACUUCAUCUUUGGCAACAACAUGAUCGCCUUCAUGUUCCUGCUCUCCUCGCUCUUCACCUCCUCUCGCACCGCCACCAUUGCCGCCUUCCUCUACGUCUUCGCCACCGGCCUCAUCGGCGAGCUCAUGCUGCGCACCCUCAUGCAGGAGCGCAAGGGCUACCUAGCGGCGGUGGAGCUGGUGCCCGGGUUCGCGCUGUACAGGGGUCUGUUUGAGUUCUCCGAGUACUCCAUCCGCUCCAUUCUGGGCGACUCGGGCGGCCUCACGUGGGCGCAGCUGGGCGAGCCGGGCAACGGGCUGCGGGGCGCCUGGGCGCUGCUGGCGGCGGAGUGGCCGGUGUUCAUGCUGCUGGGCUGGUACCUGGAGCAGGUGGUGGGCAGCGGCACGGGCAUGCGACGACACCCGCUGUUCUUCAUUCGCUGGAUGUGGCGACAGAAGCCCUGUGUAGGCAAAGCGGAGGCCCCUGCGGCUGCCGCUGCCCCUAUCCCCUCCUUCACUUCUGCCGCUGCUGCCGCUGCUGCGGACUUGAGCCGGGGAUCCACCGUGAAGGUGGGAGCAUCCGCCACCUCCUCCGCCGCCGGUUCUCCCAACGCUGGUAGCGCCGGUGGCAGCAGCACUGCGGCUGUCGCAACGAUAGCCACGGCGGCGACGGCAGGCCAGAAGGAGGGUCUAGCGGCGCCACUGGACGCGGUUCUAAGAGCCAAUAGCGGCAGCGCUGCUACCGGCGACCGUAUUCCCGCCGCCGCCGACGUCGCAGAGGUCAGCUCUCCGCCAGCACUCGAGAAUGGCAACGGGGCUGACGUCACUACCGAUACGACGACGACGGCGAAGGCGGUGGCGCCGCUUGAGUCUGUUGUCGUACGUGGUCCGGGUCCGCUGGCGGAGGCGACGGAGGACGACGGCGCCGCUGAUUUCCAACCACCGGAACCCGGACAUCCCGGCGGCGAUGGCGGUGUGGGUGAUCAUGUUGCCUUACAAACGGUUGCGGUUGUAGGUACCUCCGCUAGCGGCAGCGGCGGCGGCGGCCCUGGCAGCAGCGGCGGCGCCGCCGUCAGCCCGAGCGGCAUCAGCGUCAUCAGCAGUCAACGGUACGGAUCCGGUACAACGCCGCCGUCACCCGAAAGCCCUAUCCUGCAACGGAGCCGGAGCUCCGAAGCCAACAAUGACUUCCCACGGGACGGUGAGGGGAGUACGGCAAGUUCGUCGUCCUCGACGUCGAGUAAUGAAACACGCGUGAAGGUGCACCCUGAGCCAUCGCCGUCAAUGGCAACUGUGGCGGCGACGUCAGAGGGGAUGCUGCCGCAAGCAGCGGUAAUGCUGGCAUCAGCAACACGGGUGUACGGCAAUGGAUUGGAACCCGUUGUUCCUUCGUCGCCGUCGUCAGCAGCGUCGGCGGCAACCUUGCCGAGGCCUAGUGUCGGCGGAGGUGGAGGCAGCGGCGGAGGCGCCGCCGCCGUCGAUGGCGACGGUUGUAUACCGUUGGGCGACACAGCCGCUGCCGCAAGCCCUUGCACUACUCCACCUGAGGUGAUAACAGUAGAGGCUUCUACUCGCAAGGGUGACAGCAGCGCUAGCACUCGCAGCAGCGGGAGCAACGACAAAAACGGCAGGGCCAACACGACAGUCAGCGCAAGCAGCAUCGGGCUCGUUCUAAACACCGAGGACCCGCCUGACGUGGCGGCGGAGGCGGCGCGAGUGGCCGCGAUGGACGACGCAGCGCUGGCGGCCACUCCGAUUGUCGUGCAAGGCUUGCGGAAGGAGUUCAAGGCGUACGGCGGCGAGGGCGGGCGUUUCUGCGACGGCUGCCUGGACUGGCUGCUGUGCAAGGGAUCCAGCAAGCGGUUGGCGGUUAGAGAUCUGACGCUGGCGAUUGAGCGAGGGGAGUGCUUCGGACUGCUGGGGCCCAAUGGAGCGGGCAAGACCACCGCCAUCAACAUGCUGACCGGCUUCCUGGAGCCCACCGCGGGAGAUGCGGCGGUGGAGGGACUGUCCGUGCGCACCCGCAUGCCCGAGAUCUACUCUCUGAUGGGCGUGUGUCCGCAGCACGACCUGCUGUGGGAGCAGCUGACGGGCGAGGAGCACCUGCGCUUCUACGGCAGGCUCAAGGGGCUCAGCGGCCCUGCCCUGGAGGAGGCGGUGGCAGCGGCGCUGCGCUCUGUAAAGCUCCACCUGAACGACGCGGGCAAGCGGCGUGUGAGCGGCUACAGCGGCGGCAUGAAGCGGCGGCUGAGUGUGGCCAUCAGCUUCAUCGGGCAGCCGCAAGUGGUGUACCUGGACGAGCCUUCCACGGGUCUGGAUCCCGCCUCCCGACGAGCCCUGUGGGACACAGUACGGAAGCACAAGGACGGGCGAGCCAUCAUCCUCACCACCCACAGCAUGGAGGAAGCGGAGGUGCUGUGCGACCGCUUAGGAAUCUUCGUGGGCGGUCGGUUGGUGUGUAUCGGCAAUCCGCGCGAGAUCACGUCGCGGUACGCUGGGUACCUGGUCUUCACGAUCACGGUGGGUCCGGGCCAUGAGGACGCGGCGCAGGCGUUUGUGAAGCGCAUGAGCCCGCACGCGCGGCUGACGUAUGCGCUGGGCGGUACGUUCAAGUACGAGCUGCCCACCAGCGACGUGAGCCUGGCGGGCGUGUUUGACGCCAUGGCAUCUGCCAAGGGGCUGAUGCAGGUGCUGGACUGGGGGGUGGCUAACGCGACGCUGGAGGAGGUGUUUAUCAAGUUUGCACGGCAGAUUGGCGCAGAGACCAAGGACCAGUAAGGAGUUAAGGACCUGUGCGUGAAGAUGAGUGGUGGGGAAGAAUGGAGGUGCGGGUUGUACGGCUUGUGCCGGUUAUGGUAUUUCAGAGGCGUGUGCCACCGGGAGGGAAAGUCACAAUCCAUUGUUGAAGAGUUGACGUACAUAUGUCAUAUGUGGGUUGGCAACGGUGUGUUAAGGAAACUGGCCGCAAGUCGGAAAAGGUGUGUAUAAGAUACACGUGCUGGGUUUCAAUUCUUGCUGUUCGGACAUAAUAUGUUGGGUUCACGGACGUGGAGUUGGCUGGCGGUUGUGUUGGGCUGUGGGAGGGGGUUGGGCCGUACCAAUGCCUUAUUUGGGUUAUUUCGCAACUGUCGUGCCGAGAGUGUUUCAUUGGGGCACGCGUGGUCAGUUGUCUAGCGGCGAUGAUAGUGGAUGGUGGCACGGUAGCUCCCUGAUCUAGUUUAUCGGUUAAUUACAUCAAUCCAGAUUUAGCAUGUGGUUUUUGGUACUUUUGAGUGCGCGUCUUAGGGCCCUGUGAAUGGGAUUAGAGCCUGCGUGCGAUAAGCUGCUCAUAAAAUCACAUCUGCGCAACGGAAACGUUGUACGGCGAAGUCCCUACCACGGUCUGUGCGAGCGGACUCACCGGUUUCCCCUCUUCCUGCCAUCUCAUUCACUCGUG